AAGAAAGAAUUGAGUUUGCGUAAAACCAGUACCAUUACCCAACACACAACGGCAACACAAGCACGAGCACCUGCACCACCUCCCACCCCUUUUCUUUCUUCCACACUCUCAAUUAUUCUCAUUUUCUCUCUCUUCACCUUAAAAUUCCCACAAAUUCAUUUCUCUCCCUUUUUUUUUUUUCCCUUUUCUUUUUUCCAUAUUUUGUUGUCCCCCCAUUUUUUCUUUCAUUUUUCUGGGUGCAUAAUUUAUGAGCUCUCCUAUCUUAUUUAUGGCAUUUCACGCUUCUUCUUGAUCAAUUUUCUCUCUCCUUUAUCUUUCUGUAAAUAAUUUCAUACCCAUUUUUCCAGGAUCUGUUCUUGGGUUUUCUGCUGAAGUUGAAUUCAAAGGAGAUUAAUUAUUAAAGGAGCUGCUUGUCUGUGAAAACAUUUGGGAAGGAAGAAGCCUGUAAAAUUAAGCUGAAAUUGCACAUUAAUAAAUCAAAAUGUAUGGAGGUAACAACAGCAAUCAUGCGCUUCCCAUGUUUCUGGAUGAUAAUCGUUUUCAGCUGAAUAAUAAUGCACCAAACCACCAACUUCAGCUCUUUGGGAAUUUACCCGUCGGAUGUACAGUUGACCCAGUAAAUUAUUUUGGGAAUGACCAUAAUUCAUCUAUUCUCCGGCCAAACAAACGAGGUAGAGAGGCUGAUGAUCUUGCAAGGCAACAGAAGCUCCAGAUCUCAUUGAAUUAUAACCUCUGCCAGGAUGAAGUUGACCGUUCCGCUAGCAUUCCAAACCAUAAUCCAGUAUCAACUGGGCUAAGGCUUUCAUAUGAUGAUGAUGAGCCCAACUCAUCUGUCACUUCUGCUAGUGGAAGUAUGACAGCAACACCCUCCAUCCUCAUGUCACUUGGUGACAAUAUAAGGAUUGAGCUUGAACGGCAAAAGGAAGAGUUUGAUCAGUACAUCAAAAUUCAGCAAGAGCAAUUAGCAAAGGGUGUUAGAGACAUGAAGCAAAGACACAUGGCCUCAUUCUUAAACACUAUAGAGGAUGGCAUAAGCAAGAAGCUUCGAGAAAAGGAGACGGAGUUGGAAACUAUAAACCGUAAGAACAGAGAACUUAUGGAGCGAAUAAAGCAGGUGGCAACAGAUGCACAUAAUUGGCAUUACCGAGCUAAGUACAAUGAGUCUAUGGUCAAUAUCCUCAAAAACAAUCUUCAGAAUGCAAUUUCUCAAGGUGCUGACCAAGGGAAGGAAGGAUUUGGAGACAGUGAGGUUGAUGAUGCAACUUCUUACAUUGACCCGACUAAUUACCUAACGGUGGCAGGAGGACGGGGAAAAUCCAUUGCUGGACCCAGUACCGAGCAUUUGGCCUGCAGAGCUUGCCGAACCCGAGAAGUGUCGAUGUUGUUGAUGCCAUGUAGGCACCUGUGUGUGUGCAAGGAAUGUGAUGGAUUCAUUAGUGUCUGCCCAGUCUGCAAUAUCCCUAAAAGUGCUAGUGUGGAGGUAUACUUGUCUUGACAUCAGCUGUCCAAUGAUAUCACGUAGUUUUCCUUGUAUGUCUUACUGAGAUGUAUACUUACCCGAAAUACCAAAUGCCGAUAAAAAUGAGGCUGUCACUCAGUCAUCUGCACUUGUUAUGAAGAUUGUUUGAUGAAUGAAAUUCAAACCUAAAAAUGUGCACACAUGAAACUGCUUGUUUUUAACCCAAUGGAAAGGCCUUUCACAAGCAUUUGUGUGUAUGUACUUUACCGUUCAGGGUGUUUCAGCUGCUGAUAUUGUUGGCUGUGUUACUAGGUUAAGCUGCAACUGUCAAGUAUAUAUCUUGGUAUGAACUGUCAAAUGUACUAAUGUAGCCAUAUUAUGGAUAAACUUCCAUGUUUUCCAAACACUCCUUUAACUCAGAAAUGCAAGAAUUUUUUGUUAAAGAUAUGACAUAAUUUUACU